AUGUCUGUCUCCCUUGCUGGGUUCUACACAGAUGGAGUGACUGUGUGCUCUGUUUAUGUAUUCCAUUAUGUCUUACAGAACUGCAAAAACUGGAGGGCAGCAGUUGACCUGUGCGGACGCCUUCUCACCGCCCACGGCCAAGGCUACGGCAAGAGUGGACUGCCUACCAGCCAUACGACUGACUCACUGCAGCUUUGGUUUGUGAGACUGGCACUACUGGUGAAGUUGGGACUUUUCCAGAAUGCUGAAAUGGAAUUUGAACCCUUUGGAAAUCUAGAUCAGCCCGAUCUUUAUUAUGAAUACUACCCUCACGUAUAUCCUGGGCGUAGGGGCUCCAUGGUUCCCUUUUCAAUGCGCAUCUUGCAUGCAGAGCUUCAGCAGUAUCUGGGGAAUCCGCAGGAGUCGCUGGACAGACUGCACAAGGUGAAAACCGUCUGCAGCCAGAAGGCCGAUGAUGCAAUUCGUGUGACUGUGGUAUUUGUUGCUCUUGCUGAA